GUUAAUGCUCUCCGAGCUCAUUAUUGCCGGAACUCUGGUCAUCAACGCGUUUGCUGUCCUCAAUUUUAAUUUGAAAAAGAGCCCAGAAAACGCAUUCGGAGUCGUCGAAACCCACCAGACCGAUUCGCUUGGCGAUAAAGUCCGCAAUUUCCUGAUUUCCCUUCAAUACUUUCGAAUUUUCGUGGCAAUUUGGAAUAUUUUCAUCAUUUUCUUGAUGCUCGUGUUCUUCUCACACUAAAAAUCGAUGCCUGAACCAAUACUACACUCAAAAUUCCUGUCGGGAUUGCCGGCGGGGCGGAAAAAUGGCGUGCGGCACGGCGAAAAACCCGAAAAAGUCGGCGAAAAGCAGUUCGAUUUUACUAGAAAAAUUCGCGAGCUCCGGUUAGAGCUGGAAAUCAAAAAACGAGAGGAAGAACGCAUCGAGAAGGAUAUUGCAAUCAUUUUGGAGGAGAACACAAUCGACGGUGGCGAGCAAAAUCGUUCGUUCGGUUUAGCAGUCACUCGGCUCAAUAAUCACAUGCUCGUCGUCGAGAACUCCGCGAAACAGUUGACCAGUGCUCUUAAG